AUGGAGAAGGAACAAGUAAGUUCACGGCCGGUGCCUAAAAGACCUCAUCUGACCAAGGUGAAUCAUAGUCCCUUUGUACAGAAUCUCAUCCUCAGCGCAACACUCUUUUGCAAUCCUGGACUGUACCUGGCCAUUGCGACCCUCGGAGCAGGAGGUGGUCGUCCUAGUUCAAUCCAGAUGGCCAACAUCAGCAACGCCCUGCUGUACGCUGCAUUUGUGUUGGCUGGAGUCAUCGCCCCGACGGUGCUUAGCAAGCUCGGACCUCGAUAUACCAUCAUCAUCGCCAUCUGGAUACCCUAUCUAUAUCGGUGA